GCACAGCCGGAUCAAUCACCGCACAAAUACCUACAUCUUGAAUCAAUGAAAAUGGCAGCCGCUGCCUUUGCAUGGCAAGCAAGUAUGGCUACUAGGCAACAGUAUAAUAACAAUAACAAUAAUAAUAAUAGUAAUAAUAACGAUGAUUAUGUUAACUAUGAGCUGUUGUGGAAUCACUGUAACCCAGUUAAUACUGAAUGUUUAACACAAACAGGGAAUGAAGGAAGAAGUCUGGAGAAUAUUGAAAGUCAAAUGACUGAAUGGUAUUCAAAUUGUAAUGACUCUGUAGCAAAUACAAAUCAUAUGAAUAUUAAAUCCUCAUUCGAAAAUGUAAAACUACAAGGUGAAUACGCAUCAUUAUCCUCAGGUUCAUCAACUAGUGAAGAUUCUUCAGUGGGAUUAAAUGAAACAGAUUUCAAUUUGACCGCAUCAAGUCAAUCAUCAUCAAACAGAUUAUUAAAAUAUGAUCAACAAUUAUGUUGAUAUACCACAACAUUAGAAGCUAUCCAUAGAUGGAUAAGUGAAUAAAAUAUUAUUUUCUUUUUUCUCUCUUACUACUGAUAAUAAAGACAGUAGUUAGCGUAAAUAUUACAAAUUUUGUGUGGAAGAAGAUAACUGAUUGAACAUACUUCAUACUUCAAAAUUUUGACAUUGAUUUUCUUUUCACUUGAUGAAAGUGUGAUUCCAU